AAUCGGAAGAGCGGUGUUUGCCUUCUCGACUCAGCUGAUUUGUUUUACUUUCAUUGCAUCAUCUAAUAUGUAUUAAGCUGUCAUAGGAAAUACCAAGUCAAAUGCUGAAUUAUUUGAUUUUCGCAAAAAGAAAAAAUAGAUGAACUUUAAAAUAAAACAGUGAAAAAAAUCUUGCUCAAAACAUUUUUACUUUAAUAAACCGAUUAAUUUUCGCGUCAAAAUGGCCCAAGGCGGAACAGAGAUGAAGUGCAGCGUUUGUCUCGGUGCUUUCAUAAAUCCCCGUAUUUUACUUUGCGGGCAUUCGAUUUGCUCAUCUCCAAGAUUCUGCUUAUCGGGUAUUCUUCGGUCUGAAGUUAGACAAUGCCCAAUAUGCAGAGAGCCUAUUGAUCGAAGUCUUCGAAACGAAAGUGAGUUCACAGUGAACUACGGAUUGAAGUCAGCUGCUGAGACAAGGAAUAUGUCAUUACGACCUAGUACUGAAAAGUUCAGAGGUGAAGUUUGUCCGACCCACGGUUGCCAAGCGAAAUUCUUCUGUCAAAGCGGAUUGUGCAAAGUAAGCGUCUGCGAAAUUUGCUGGAAAAAUGAUCAUAAAGGUCAUAACGUCGAGUUGCUGGAACACAUUUUGGAUCAGUCAACUCAGAAGAUAUCCAAAGCUUUGGAACUUUCUGAAACAGGCCAAAAACAGAUCCUGAAAAUUUCAAGUGAAAUUGACGACUUGAACAAAGAUUUGAUUGCUAGUGUGAGGGCAUUUACCUCACUUAAGAACGAAAAACAGCAGAUACACAAUAUGUCAACGCUAUCACAAGUGCGUAACCUUGAGGAAAACAUAAAAAAUGAAUUGGAGGACAUCAAAGCAAAAAACAGUAAUAUCAAGCAGAAAAUUCUGAAAAUGGAAACACUUGCAAAUUUGUGCGAGGAAGUAAACAAAGACAUACAGUCUUCGAUUGAGGCGCUGAACGUAACGAAUCAAUCCACUGCUGAAGAUCCUGUCGAGGUUAUAUACCAGGUGGAAGUUGUAAGCUCUCUACCUAUGGGUGUACCAAGUGAUGUAUUUAUAGACGUGACACUGCAUGGUGAAAUUGGUUCCUUUUUUAAGAAAAAAUUGGGCCAAAUACGCCACAAGGGCAGUAAUUUGUUCCGGCUGGAAACGAUUGAACUUGGCAAACUUACUAAAUUGGAGUUAGAAGCCUCUUUUCAAAGAAGACGCAGUUUUUGGUUCAUUCACAAAGUUUCUGUGACUAAUUUACGCAACGGUGAAGUAACUGUGUUUCCGAGUUUCCAUACACUCUACAAAAACAAAGACGGCCUUCCAAGCGUAAUUGAACUGCAGCCAAAACUACAGUGAUUUCACUUUACCGUCCAAACAGAUACUAAUUAUCGAGAACAAACUAAAGUUGGUCCACCAAAUUAUUUUCUGAAAAACUUAGGAAAUUGAAAAUCUACUAGAUUUACAUCAUACUUCAUAUCCAGAACAGCAUGAAA